UCUAACCCAAAUCAAGAUGAAUCACGCCAAGGAGAAGGUGAAGGACGCGGCGAGCGCGGCCAAGGCCAAGGCCAAGAUCACGCAGGCCAAGGUGGCCGAGAAGACCGAGGCGGCGACGGCGAGGUCACACGACGAGCGCGAGCUGGCGCACGAGCGGGGCAAGGCCAAGGUCGCCGCCGCCGAGGCUGAGCUUCACCAGGCCAAGGUGACCCACCGCGAGGAGGCCAUGGAGCAUCGCCUCCACAAGCACGGCGCUGGCAUCGGGCACAAGCACGGCGCUGGCCACUGAUGUAUAUAUAGGGAGAAGUUGCACGGCUGGCCGCUGAUGUACCGGUUUACAACUCCUUUUCCAUUCUCAUUUUUUUACUGCCAGUCCAAAUGUCUAAUGUUCAUUGACGUCGGGCUUAAUUUCGAGAGUUGAGAGCUGCCUGCCCCAUGAGCAUAUGCAUGUAUUUUGGCUUCUUGAAUAAUUAAUAAUAGACUGACAUAAGUUUCUUCA